GGAGAGAGACACAUACAGUCUGGAUGUAGAGAGGAGGGACUGAGAGUGUGUGCAAAUAGGGGGACUGAAGAAACACUUACAGAGAAGGUGCCUGGGAGAGAGAGAGAGAGAGAGAGGUUGUAUAAAUAGAGACGCUGUGUAGAGGGAGACUCUUAAACUGGGUGUCUGGGAGAGAGAGAGACACUCAGUGUACAGUUAGGGACACUGCACACAGACUGCCUGCAGAGGGGAAGGAAAGAGAGAGAAACUCAUUGCACAGAGGCACGGUGUGCAGAGAAAGGGGGGCUGUAUGCAUAGAGAGAGACACCGCAGAGAAAGACCCAUACCCUGCACAGGAAGGGGGAGAAAAAGUGGGAGCGAACCCAGUGCCGCCCCCCAGCCCUGACUACUCAGCUCAGAAGUCAGAGGGACGAAGACGAUGACAGGGCUGAGACGUUUGUUUGGAUCAAUCGGACAUCCCCGCACGCACAGAGUGUCGCAAAGGCUAAAUAUCAGUUCUUGUUUGGCACGCCUGCAGAAGACAGCUCUUUGGACAGGGGUGUAUUGAUGGCACAAUCCACUCUUUAAAUCAGCCAAAAACCUAAUGAACCACACAGACUGACAGAGGAGCGGUGAUAAAGCUCUUCCAGGUUGCUUCCAGUCUCCUGGAGAAGAACAGUGCAUGAACCCCAAAUCACUCGCAGAGCAGGUACUCAGACAGGAGACUGACAAGGCCCAGCAGGAGAUCUGGGACAGCCCGCUGCCUGAGGUGAAGGCUUUGGCGCGGGAGCAGGGCCAGGCCGCCAAGCCACAGGCUUUUGGGUACGAGCAGCACAAGGCCAGCCCCGAAUCCCAACCAGAAUGCUCUGCCCCUGCCACCAGCGUGGGGUCCCUGGUGCUAGAGUCCGACGACGGACGCACAGUGAGUGACACAGACGAGUCCAGUUCAAGUGACAUUGCAGAAGACGUCAAGCCCGAGCCGCCUGAACAGCCAAUCAGCGUGCGGGAGUUUGAGCGGGUACACGUGAGCUCCACACGGGUAAUGACAGCGCCCAUGUUCUCAGUCGGACAGGGCCAGCAAGCUGAGCUGCUAUAUCGGGGCAAAGGAGUGUCUACUCCGGGAGAGGACGAACUCUUGAGGGGAGCAUCGGACGAGAGGAUCCAUCAGGAACUUGCUGCCGGAGACAAGGAAACGCUGCAGAGUCCAUCGCUGGUGCGCAAAGACAUUGGACUCGUCGUGCUGGAGGAGGUUGGCUCUCAAAUGUCAGAGAGGCACACAGGAGCAGCGGCAGAAAAAGACAGAGACAAGCAGCUGGCAAAAGACACUGAGUGUGGGGCGAUGGAGGAACCGAGUCCAAAGCUGGGCCUGUCCAGCGAGAAGGAUAAGGAACGAGAUGGCCAUUUUAACACUGAUGAGUCCAGUGAAGUUUCUAGGGAUAGCGAGAAGAGGACGCCUUUAAGUGCUGCUCAAUCUGAGAUCAGGAGUGAUGACGAUGACGAUGUCUUUGUGAGCGCGAGAGAAAGCGAAGCGAGCGUAAUGAGCAGAACCUCCCUGGGAACGAAAUCAGAAAAUUUGCUGAUGUUGACCGUAACGGACAAGCCAGAAUUUGAGGGUGCAUGGACUUUACCCAGUGAGGUGACCGAUAUUUUCAGCUCACAGUUUGAACAUAUUAUGGAGUGCCAGCGACUGAAAGGCACCUCGUACAACAGCCUGGACUCCCUGGACAUGAUCUCUUCCACGGACGAGAGCGAAUGUGGCUUCAGCUUUGAGAUGCCUCUGACCCCCAUGAUUCAGCAGCGAAUCAAAGAAAGCAGCCAGUUCCUGGAGCUUGGGAUCGUGGAGAUUUCCUCCGGCAGCAGGGCAUUGCAGCGCCAUACAGACACAAAUGAGUCUUCAAGUAGCAGGCCAGAGGGACCUGUGAGCAGCAGUGCAUCGGACAAUUUAUCCCAUAAACCUUCUCUGUAUGCUGUUGUAAAUGGAGCACCUCAACUCUCGGAGCUGUUUCAGGAGGGGGGGACAGAGCCCUCUAUCUCAAGCGAACGUGGCCUGAAGGAAAUGUUUCCAGAUGGGGACCUUGAAGUGGACAACAUGGAGCAGCUGGAACUCCAUAGCAGCACUGAUGUGGUGACCAAUGGCAAUAAGAGUGACUUGGAGGCAGCCAGGAGGCUGGCCAAGCGGCUGUACAAUCUCGAAGGGUUCAAGCGAUCUGACGUUGCACGACACUUGGGGAAAAAUAAUGACUUCAGCAAGUUAGUGGCCGAAGAAUACCUCAAAUUUUUUGACUUCACCGGGUUGACCUUGGACCAAUCUCUCAGAUUUUUCUUGAAAGCAUUUGCACUAAUGGGAGAGACUCAGGAGCGAGAGCGGGUUUUAAUCCACUUCUCCGAACGAUACUAUCAGUGUAACAUGGGCACUAUUCCUUCUCAAGAUGGGGUCCAUUGCCUUACUUGUGCAUUGAUGUUGUUGAAUACAGAUCUUCAUGGCCACAAUAUUGGGAAGAAGAUGACCUGCCAAGACUUCAUUAACAAUUUGGAUGGUUUGAAUGGAGGGAAGGACUUUCCAAAAGACCUACUGAAGGCAUUGUACAAUUCGAUCAAAAACGAGAAGCUGGAAUGGGCGAUAAAUGAAGAAGAGUUGAGAAAAUCCCUCUCCGAGCUUGCUAAUGACAAGACAGAUAAUGCUGGAUCCAAGGCCAACAAUCGUAUUGGAUCUAGUAGUAAUCCAUUUCUCGACAUUCCACAGGAUCCCAAUGCUAAAACGUACAAAACUGGCUUCCUCUCACGGAAAAUUCAUGCAGAUAUGGAUGGAAAGAAAACUCCCAGAGGCAAAAGGGGCUGGAAGACAUUUUAUGCUGUGCUGAAAGGCAUGAUCCUUUAUUUGCAGAAGGAUGAAUAUAAGCCGGAGAAAAAUCUGUCUGAAGAGGAUUUGAAAAACGCAGUUAGCAUACAUCACGCACUGGCAAUAAAAGCUACCGAGUAUGAGAAGAGACCCAAUGUCCUAAAGCUGAAAACUGCCGACUGGAGAGUCUUUCUUUUUCAAGCACAAAGCCCUGAAGAAAUGGAAUCCUGGAUAAGUAAAAUGAACCUAGUAGCUGCCAUGUUUUCUGCCCCCCCAUUUCCAGCCGCGAUUGGCUCACAGAAGAGGUUUAGCCGCCCGCUUUUGCCAGCUACCACCACCAAGAUGACGCAGGAGGAUCAGCUGAAAUCACACGAGGCCAAGCUGAAACAGAUUUCCACCGAACUCACUGAACACCGCUCCUACCCACCUGACAAGAAAGUCAAAGCUAAGGAGAUUGAUGAAUACAGACUGAAGGAGCACUACCUGGAGUUUGAGAAAACCCGGUAUGAGACUUAUGUUAAACUCCUGAAGGAAGGAGAGCCAGAUAUGCUCAUGGAGACCGAUGGCAAUGGGAUGAAAAAGUCACACUCCAGCCCAUCGCUGAACCAGGAGAUGUAUCCUGUAAAUGCGAAAGUCAAACGCAAUGUCUCGGAAAGAAAAGACUACAGACCUGAUACAGCCAACAACAAGCAGAAGACUUAAUUCCACAGCAGGAAAUCAUCUCCCAGCUCUCGGCCACCAAAACAUAAUCAAGUGACGCAAUCUGUGACUUGUAUAUUUUUGUGUAAAAUAUUAUUUAGAUGUCAACUUUUGGUAACAGAAAUUGUGAGAACAUGACUGAUAUGGUAAUCCUUCAUUUGCAGACACUCCUGUAGCUUUUAUAUAUUUUUUGGUUGUUGACGCAACUGUUUGUAGAUUGACUUUUUUUUAUAUUGCCUUAAAGAGACAGACUCCUAUUUGUGGCCUGCUAUUUUGAAAACCAUCGAAGGUCACUCAGUCGAAGGUUUACACAAGAGGUCCUAUCAAUGAGUGCCAAAUGGAUGUGUGUCAUUUCACAAACUGAGAAUUGUCAUUGGCUGAAUUUCUGUGUACGAAAUAGGGAGCAAGAUGGCUGCUAACCUUUGCAGUCCUUUUUUUUUCUUCAUUUUUAAUUCUUUAAAUUAUUUAAAACCAAACAUUCUCAAAGGAAGUUGGAGUCUAGUGAAAUGAAUGUUUCUGUGGAUAUGUUUUUCUUAAAGAAACAAUGCUUUGUACAGUACAGCUUACUGGAGAUUGACAAAAUGAAUAUUCUUUCAAGAGCUAUUGGGCGGAAUGCCUGGUUGAUUUUUCUUUAUUGCUUAUUAGCAAAUAGUUCUUCUAACUUUCUCAUUGCCUUAUCCCCUCCUCCCCUCCUUUAAUCACCCUGUUAGAAUACUUUGUGCAGUGCAUUUCAGUCUUUCCUUCAAGCAGACACCUUUGUGAGUGACCUCCACUCUAAGGUGAUUCUGUUGUGAUGCAUCUCCAUCUCCUCCCCCUCCCUCUUUCUCCAGCACGCCAAUGACUUAGCAGUAGUGACAGUUCAACGUUUCAGGCACCACAUGCCAGUCACCCAAUCUCCUUUGCACACCCCACCCCACCCCAAGUCCAUAGCUGCUACUGAGCCAGAAGGCUGUAUUCUGUACAGUGUUGGAAGGAAAAUAUUUUAAAACACUUUGUUUCUAAUUAAUCAUGUGGCUCCAUUUUAAGCUUACUGUAAAUGCCAGACAGCCCUGUUGCCUGUAUAUGAUGUUUCCUUGACAAGAAUAUAACAAAUAUAUAGAAGGUACCUUCUGAAUUCUUUGAUUGUAUCUUUAAAGAUUAGUAUUUAUAGUGCACUUUAAACAGAAUACACAAAGCUUGACCACCUGUUUUUAUUUUUUUUUUUAAGAAUGUGUGUUUGUCUUCCAUUUUUUGUAUAAUUCCAGGCACUUACGCUUGGGCAAGUUCUGUCAUCCAUAAGACAGGAUAAAGAGACAGUAUUGUAGGAGAAUUACAGUUGAUCCAAUAGAAGUUUUGCUUGAAGUAGGAAGUUGCAUUUUGCCUCCAGAACCACUGCUGUUAAUGAGCUUCUUUUGCAAUGAGGCUGUAGUUUAACUCUCACCACACUAGUCAAGUAGGGGUCUUACACCCGAAGGAAGAGCACAAGACUGUGCCUGAUUGCGGACUCAAUUUAUCACUUCAAGUGUGAAAAUCUCAUUUCUUUUCUAUAAAGAAAUCACAUCACCCUUGCCCUGCAGAACGCCAGUCAUACCUUCUGCAUCUGUAGAUAAUGAAAGGCUGUAAUAAAAUUUAUAGUGAAAAGUGGUAUCUGCUAAGUAAUGUAUUUUCAGGUGCAACAAGGUGUCUCUUUUCAGUGCCACUUGGUAUUUCUCUGUGCUAUUAUGAUAUUUAUUGACUUUGUUGCAUCUUCACUCACUUCUAUAGCCCAGUGGAUCUAUUUUUGUUGUCUGUAUAUAAUAGAUUUACUGUACAAUAGCAUGCAGAAAGCCUUCUUUCUGCUGCACAUGUCCCUUGUUUUGCAUGCUGUCCUCUCACAGAGACAAGAGCUCACAUCAAUAAAUUCAAAUGGAUGUUA